UCUUCAGCGCCUCCAUCUCCCGUUCCUGUCCCGGCCCCCUGCUCGCCGUCUGCGCGUGUCCCUCGCUCGCUCUUGCCCGUCCUCGCUGCCAGCCAGCCCCCGCCGCCGCGCGUGCCUCAUCUCGCCUGCGCCGACGCGUCGCCGCCGCCGCUGCUGCCUGCCUCUCCUCCACGUACCCCUCGCCCAGCAUGCCCUCCACGUCGCGCCGCUCCACGCCCGCGCGCCGCGCCCGCUCGUCGUCCGUCGCCUCCAACGUCUCGGCAGCCUCGACCAAGUCGACGCGCAGCAACAGCAAGCCCUCGCUGCCCGCCAGCGCCAGCGCGGCCGCCGGCCUCGGCAGCGCCACGCCCACAAAGUCGCCGGCGCGCGCGCGUGCCAGCAAGGCUGCCGCUGCCAGCGCCGCCUCGGAGCUCAAGGCUGCCGAGGCUGCCGUCGCUGCCGCCGCCGACCCGGCGCGCCCGCAGCUGCCCGAGAAGCAGAACCCCGUGCUGCCCGCCGAGGGCGUGCCCGUCAAGCUGCAGGUCAUCCGCAGGGAUGCAAAGAACAUCAUCAUUGGCCGCGUGAAGCUGCCCACUGUCAACGGCACAGACCACGCAUUCCUCCUCAAGCGCUUCGACACCAACGCGCUCGCAGCCUCGUCCAUGUUCCGCAUCGCGUUCCCGUACGCGAGCAGCGCCGAGGAGAAGGCUGAGAUGGCUUACCUGGAGUCUCGCUACGACGUCGAGCGCGCCAAUGGUGGUUCGGCGCGUGCCAGCAACUCGCCCGCUAAGCGCAAGCCCGGCCGCCCGAAGAAGCAGACGCCAGAGGAGCUCGAGACGGAGUCGCACGGCACCGGCAGCACCGGCGUGCGCCUGCAGGGCACGUGGAUCCCGUGCGCUGACGCCAUCCACGUGGCUGCCGAGUACGGCCUGCUGCGCUUCGUGAAGCCGCUGGUGGAGGCGCGCGCCGCCCAAAACGAGAACGGCACGCUGCUGCUCACACCGAGCAAGCACGACUCGGUCUCGACGCCCACGGGCGCGUCGUCGAGCGCGCCGAGCAGCGCCAAGCGCGCGCGCAAGGUGGAGGAGACGCAGACGGUCACCACGACGGCGGGCGAGGCCAGCCCGACUGUGACGCGCACGCGCACCACCACCGACGCCGAUGGCAGCGUCAAGGUCGAGCAGCUCGCCGUUGGCGGCAGCGCGCUCACGCCCGAGCAAAUCGAGGCCGAGAUCAAGGCCUCCCAGGCGCUCGCCGCCGGUGUGCAGGCGCAGGCAGCUGCCAGUGUGGAGUCGAGCAGCGGCCGCAAGCGCCGCGCGACCAACCAGCGGCCCACUGCCGACCUGGACCCGCUCGCCGACGACGACGCAGAGGAGGCACCGGCAAGCAACGCCGUCGUGCGCUCGGUGCGGCGCGGUGCUGGCGUCGUCCGCCGGCGGCCCGUGGCCACGACGGCCGGCGCGCUGGCAUCGGCCGGUGCCAUUGGUGCCGGCGCCCUCGCCUGGAUGGCCGGCGGCAACCUCGAUGUCGCGCAGCAGAUCGUGUCGCAGGGUGUCGCCAGCAUCAGCGCCUGGUUCCUGUAGCAGCCGUGCGCCUCGCACCUGCACAGCGUCUCGCAGACCUCUCUCCGGUCUCAACGACCUACACGCCCAUCAUGGCCAGCCUUCCGCAGCGCUCUCGGACCUCUAGUACCCUGUGUCUCGCCCCGUCUGUACUUCCGUCCCUGUACUUUCCCGACGACGAUUCCGAACACUCCCUCCCGCCGCGGCUCUCUUUCUUUGUGCGGCGUGCUCUAUCGCGCGCUGCAUUGGCCUCAACGCUCUUUCACGUCCGUUCGCCCUGCGAGACUCUAUAUUGCGCCUCCGACUGUCACGCCUGUGCCUCCACCCUACGCCCUACUCCUCUCUCUACUUUUCGCGCUCCGUAUGAGCCUGAUGUACCCUGAAUUCGAGCUCGUGACGAUUGUAAGC